AUAUUCCACUGAAUCAAUUUAUUCUUUCGGCUCUUAACCUGCUACUACUGCCUAUUUUCAUUUCUUCCUCCCUGUCCAUUGACAUGUUCCCUUUGACCCCGGGACAGGCCGCCAUUGUUGAAUUGGUAGCCAGAUUCACAAUCCUCUGUUCUCUGUUCUAAACACCUCUCUCUCUCUCUCUCUCUCUCUCUCCCUCUCGUAAGCUAAAAUAAAAUUUGUCAAUUCACUGGUAGCCGCGCAGUUGCCAGCUUCGUCAGGAUGUUUCCAUCCGAGGAGUUCUCCUCCUUCUCUUAUUCCCUGGAAGCCUCGGAUUCAGAGCGGCAUGUCCCGUCCGACGACAUGCCGCGCCGCUUUUCACUGGCCGAGCUUCGAAACGCCACCAACAACUUCGACGAUUCUCUGGUCGUCGGAGAAGGUGGGUUCGGCAAAGUCUACAAAGGGUUCAUCGACUAUGGCGGCACCACGGUGGCCAUCAAGCGCUCCAACGCCAAGUCCGUGCAGGGUUCGGGAGAGUUCUGGGCGGAGAUCAUGACCCUUUCCAAGCUCCGCCACCCCCAUCUUGUCGCUUUGAUUGGCUACUGCGACGAGUCAGAGGAGAUGAUGCUUGUUUACGAGUACAUGGCUAAUGGGACUCUGGCCGAUCAUCUCUAUCGAGGAGGGAAAGGUAAUAACUAUAUUUAUCCUUUGAACUGGGAACAGAGGCUGAAGAUUUGCAUCGGAGCUGCCCGCGGAUUGGAUUGCCUUCACUCUACCGAGAACAGCGUGAUUCACAGGGACGUGAAGACGACAAACAUUCUGGUGGACGCGGAUUGGGUGGCUAAGAUUUCGGAUUUUGGGUUGUCCAAAAUGUGCGCCACGAACCAGGCACAUACCUAUGUCACAACUGACAUCAAAGGCACAUUCGGUUACUUGGAUCCCCAAUAUUUCUUCACUCGGAGGCUAACGAAGAAGACGGACGUGUACGCCUUUGGCGUGGUUUUGCUUGAAGUGUUAUGCGCGAGGCCGCCGGUGGAGAGAGUUGAGGGGGACCAGUUCCGUAGCCUCUCGGACUGGGCUCGACAGUGCUUCAGAAAAGGGACGUUUGAUCAGAUCAUUGAUCCAUCUUUAAGGGGGCAGAUAUCGGCAUCUUCUCUGAAGUUGUUUACGGAUGUGGCUAUCAGGUGCUUGCAUAAAUGCGCUAGAGAGAGGCCCACGAUGGCUAAAGUCUCCGAAAGCCUUGAUCUCGUGCUUGCGCUACAAAUGCGCCAACCGAAGGCCAUAAUCAGCAACUGUGUGUCAAAUCUUUCCAGCCUUGUAAUCAAAGGACUAGGGAUUGAUUUGGGUCGACGGAUUUGGGAACGAUAUUACUCUAAAGACGGGCCGUCGUUCCGAUUGUGGAGAGAUCCAGUGCUUGCUAGCAGUGCCAUCAGACAAUACCGUCGUUUCACGUUGGCAGAGAUUCGAGCGUCGACAAACAAUUUCCACGAGCAUCUUGUGGUCGGUAGCUAUGGCCAUUCCAAAGUUUACAGGGCUUAUAUGGAUGGCGGAAAUGUUGAGGUUGCGAUCAGAAGGUGGAAAUACGACGCAUCAAACGAGGCGAAGCUGGACCAACUCAAGACUGAAAUCCACGUCCAGUCCCAUCUCCGUCAUCUCAACAUCGUUCCUUUGAUCGGAUACUGCAAAGACAAGCGCGAGACAAUUCUCGUGUAUGAGUUCUUGGUCAAUCGCUCGCUCUACCAUUGUCUCUACGAAAACAAAAGAGCUCCACCUCUUUCAUGGGAGAGGCGUCUACAAGUCUGCAUCGACGCUGCCCGGGGCCUGCAAUAUCUCCACGCCGGUAAUAGGCUGAGAAUAAUCCACCACAACCUUAAAUCCUCCCAUAUAAUCCUGGACGAGAGAUGGGUCGCCAAGAUUUCGAGUCUCGAGUUCGCCAAAGUGCUUCCCGACAAUGAAUCAAGCGCAAUCUGCACAACGCUUCUUGGGGACAACAUCGAUUACAUGGAUCCAGAAUAUCUGGCAAGUGCAAAAUUAACUACAAAAUCCGAUGUUUACUCGUUUGGUGUCAUCUUACUGGAGCUAUUGUGCUGUCGUAAGCCGGUGAUCCCUUCCGAGGACGAGGAUGAGGUGAAUCUAGUCCGAUGGUUCAAAACCAACAUGAAAAAUGGUACCGUCGACCGAAUCAUCGACCCAUAUCUGGUUGGCAAAAUAGCUCCAGGGUGUUUGGAAGAAUACGCCAAUCUUGCGGCGCGUUGCGUGCAGGAUAAAGGGAUUGAGCGUCCGACGAUGGACGACGUCCUGGGCAGCCUCUGGUGCGCGCGGCAGCUGCAGGAGAGUUGGCGAAAUCUGAACCAACCUAGCGAUAAAUUGAUUGCGGAUGAGAUGCUCUCUUGCAGCAUCACGAGCAGUAGCCAGGGGAUGAUCAGUUGCACGAGUUUGGACAACACUGAUUACCUUUCUGGGAAUCUUGCAAGAUAGGAUCUUCAUGCUGGAUAGAAAAUUUUGGAAGUACAAUCCUAAACCCAGAAGUGCUCAACCUCGUCUUCUUCAAUCCCUUUACGUACAUACAUAUCAAUGUAUUGUUAAUAUUCUUCUUCUUCUUCUUCUUUUUUUUGCCUGAAGUUAUUAUGUAUAUUUCUUUCUUUUUGUUAGUGAUGUACUUUGAAGUUUGAUCAAUCUUUUGCAUUUUGGAGUUGUCCUGUACGUAGCAUUUGAUCAUCUUUCAGAUCUGGUUAGCUGAAUUUGAUCGAGAUUGCCAUUGGAAUUGGAAAUUGUGUCGCUGCUCUCUGCUUUAAUUGGUGGUCUGGUCUCUACCGUGCAUACAGCUAUUAAGUUGGGUCCGUCGUCAUUCUCAAUGCGUACAGCUAUGUUGAUGUUGUUACUCUUUGUAUACCUUUUGAUUUAAACAUUUAAAGAAUCUUCUUUCUUGUC